AUGGGUGGCGCGGACAGACAAGGUGGCAAAGUCAAGCCUCUCAAGGCCCCCAAGAAGGCCCAGAAGGACCUCGACGACGACGAUCGUGCGUUCCUCGAGAAGAAGAAGGCCGAGGAGAAGGCUCGCAAGGAGAUGGCGGCCAAGGCGGGAGGCAAGGGACCUUUGAACACCGGUUCUCAGGGUAUCAAGAAGAGCGGCAAGAAAUAG